CUACUAGUUAGUAGAGAAUUUACGUAUCUGCGAUGUCGACACAGCGAGUCAGUUGUCGCACAUACCACUGAGCAAGGAAUUUAUUAUCUCAGCUACAACACUAAUGCUACUGAAUUCAUGUGGUGCCAUAAUCAAAUACCACCAAGUGCCGAAAUCUUAACACUUAGAGACUGGAAUUUUUCAUUCCCACGUGUCAUCACUGCAUUCGUUUUCAUCUUAUUACUGCAAACUUCUGGGUGUGUAGAUAGUGGCCAGAUAUGUAGACCUCCAGGAGGUAAACACAAACUCCAGGAGCUUCACUCGGCUUUUCAACAAGUAUCCUCAAAAUCAAAGUUAAUUAAUGAGAAACGACUCAAUCAAUCUCGUUUGGAGCCUAAAGGAACUAAUGCUCGAUAUGUCACCAAUGUAUAUUUGGGAGUACAACUUGGACCGCUUGGACAAGACAGCUUCGCCCAGGUCCUUCCUGCAAUUGAUUUGGCUUUGGAAGAUAUACAAACAAUGCCAGCUUUUAAAGGUGUCAGCUUCACCACAGUACUAAUAUUAUACAUUGAUGGCCUUGCGUGCGAUUCACUUGCUUUACUAACAGAACUAAACUCGAAAGGCGUAAAUGUAAUCUUCGGUCCUUUAAAUGAUUUCCACCUGGCUAACGCAGUAAGAUUCAGUACUUCUAUGUACAAUGUUCCUGUUGUGAGUCCGGCUGGUUUCGCACAUCGACUGGACGAUAAAAAUGAAUUUGCUAUGCUAACACGCGUCUUAUUUACCUACUCAGAUUUGGAAUGGGUUUUUAGCAAUACUUUAAAACACUACGGGUGGUUACCCAAUAAGCAGACACCAGUAGCAAUAUUUACAAUCAGAGAUAACAAAAGACAAGAAGAAACAGUUGGACAUACUGGAAUGACUGGUGUUUUCCAGCAUUUAAAGCUGCAACAAUUUUUAGUUAAAGCUGCAUACAAGCUUCUGUCAGUUACCUUAAAUGAUGAAGUUGAUGUGACUGAUAGCUUCCUAAAACGUCUUCCUGACUCUGCCAGAAUUGUCAUACUGUGCACAGAUCCAGAAGUAGUACGAAAUAUUAUGUUAGAAGCGCAUAAAUUAAAUAUGGUCAAUGGAGAUUAUGCAUUUUUCAACCUGGACCUACUAAGCAGCCAAAAGAAAUUGAAAAGGCCAUGGUAUAGAGAAACAUCUAGUGCAGAAGAAAAUGAAAGAGCACGUGAAGCUUAUCGGGCUCUAAUGACUCUUACACUUUUAAAGCCUGACAGUCCAGAAUAUCGCACAUUCACUGAAGAAGUAAGAGCAAGAGCUCUGCGUGAUUAUGAUUUCAGUUACCGAGACUCUGAAAUAACACCGUUUAUUGGAACAUUUCACGAUGCUGUCAAGUUAUAUGCUUUAGCUUUAAAUGAUGCUUUAGCCAAAGGUGGAACUAUUACCAACGGGACACUAAUUACCCACGAAAUGUGGAAUAGAUCAUUCAAAGGUGUCACUGGUGUUGUUCGUAUUGAUGCAAAUGGUGACCGUAACGCCGAUUAUUCUUUGCUGGAUAUGAAUCCUGUAACUGGAGACUUUGAGGUUGUUGUCAAUUAUUUCGGUAAUGACAAAUCUAUGUCACCUGUGAGUGGUAAAACAAUAGAUUGGAUAAAUGCUGAGAAUAAACCUCCACCACAUACUCCUCCAUGUGGAUUUGAUGGUUCUGAAUGUCAUAAUACCCAUUUUAUCUAUAUUGGAAUCAUUGGAGCAGCUGUAUUAAUCGUACUGGUUGUAAUAUCCUUGGUCUUAGGAAUUGUUUUCUAUCGACGAGCUAAAUUUCAAGCAGAGCUACGUGCUAUGAAUUGGAUUAUCCCGUGGGAUGCAUUACAAGUAACAGAAAAACAUUUAAGACGUUAUCGUCGUGAAAGUGAUAUUCGUUCACCAAAUCAAUCAUCUGAUCCACUGAGAAAGAUAUCGUUUGACACAGGCCCUACUGCCAGUAAACCUUUACUUGCAGGUGAUGUAUUAGUGAAUGAAACUUUAGAUCAAGAUCCAACCGUAGAAUUUUGUACAACAAUUGAUGAAGUCUCUCCAGAGAAACCACAUCGUAAAAUUUCAUUUAGUAAUCUUAUACUGUCUGCUAUUAAUUCUACAUCCAACAGUGGAGGUAAUACAAAUGUACCAGGUGAAAAAAGACGAAGGAAAACAUCAACUACUGGACGAUUUUUAGCUCGUUUCGCUCCAGAUCCAAUAACUUUACCACCAACAGUAUUUGAAGAGUCCAGUUCACAUGCUGGUACAUCACCACAUCCUACAGGAUAUUCACAACCACAAAUUAAUGUUAGUAAACGUCAACAUCGUUUAUCUAGACGUAGUAGAACAAAUGAAGAGGGUCAAACAACAGAUGUUAAUAGUCCAACUAACGGGCAAAAUAAAGGUAUGCCAGAAUGGACAUAUUUUAAGCAUCCAUCUUUUGAUUAUUCCUUUACCACUAAGCAAAAUCGACAUCGAAAGAAACAUGAUAGUGUUGGAAUGGAAUCUGACUAUAAUCCCUUAAUGGAAUUCGACUUUUUCAAGAAAAAGAAGCACUCAGAAGAUUCACAAUCCAGUCUAGGUUCAUUGGAUACAAUAUCUGGUAUACAUUUGGAUAAAUUAGCUAAUUCACAAAUGUUCGCACGUACAGCAUUGUAUAUGAAAAGCAUUGUUGCCUUAAAACCCUUACGUAGACAGACACGUAUUGAACCGUCUAAAGCCUUAUCAAUUGAAGUUAAGAAGGUGAAAGAUUUGAACUGUGAUCACAUUUGUCGAUUAAUUGGUGUGUGCUUAGAAGUACCACAUCAGUGUAUUGUUUAUGAAUAUUGUCCAAAGGGAAGUCUUCAAGAUGUCUUAGAAAAUGAACAAAUCAAAUUAGAUUGGAUGUUUAAAUUCUCACUAAUGCAAGAUAUAUGUCGAGGUGUUAUGUAUCUCCAUCAAAUAUUUGGUCCACAUGGUAACUUGAAAAGUUCCAAUUGUUUGGUAGAUUCACGUUUUGUACUAAAAAUCACUGAUUUCGGUCUACCGCAUAUUCGUGGCCCACCACCAUCAGAAUCAGAAGUUGGCAGCUAUAUUUAUCAUAGAAAUUUACUAUGGACAGCUCCAGAGUUAUUGCCUGAUGGAGAUACAAUAAUUUAUCCACGUGAAUCAAUAAAAGGCGAUGUUUAUAGUUUUGCUAUUGUCUGUCAGGAAAUUGUAUAUCGUAAAGGUGUAUUUUAUAUACAAAAUUUUAAAAAUUGUGAACCAGAUUAUAUUAUAAAAGAAGUCAGAGAGUGCAGAAAACCCCCAUUUCGACCAACAUUGGAUUCCCUAGAAGGUUGUUCUGAAGACUUAGUUCAGUUAAUCCGUCAGGCAUGGGAUGAUGAUCCAGGUGUGAGACCAGAUUUUCAAUCAAUUAAAUUAUCUAUGCGAAAAUUAAACAAAUCAGGAGACAGUAAUAAUGUUUUGGAUAAUCUACUGUCUCGUAUGGAACAAUAUACGAAUAAUUUAGAAGAAUUAGUUGAACAGCGUACAGCACAGUAUCUAGAAGAGAAAAAGAAAACAGAAGAUUUAUUAUAUUCAAUGUUGCCAAGAUCUGUAGCCAAACAAUUAUUCCGUAAUCAACCAGUGACAGCAGAAAGUUUUGAAAUGGUUACCAUUUAUUUCAGUGAUAUUGUUGGAUUUACAUCACUAUCAGCUGAAUCUACUCCAAUGCAGGUUGUAGAAUUAUUAAAUCGAUUAUAUACACUUUUUGAUGGAAUAAUUGAAAAUUUCGAUGCAUAUAAAGUUGAAACAAUUGGUGAUGCUUAUAUGGUUGCUUCAGGUUUGCCACAACGAAAUGGUAAUAAACAUGCACGUGAAGUAGCACGUAUGUCAAUUGCAUUUUUAAAGGCUAUUUUUGAAUUUCAAAUUCCUCAUCGACCUGAAAAACGUUUAGAAUUGAGAAUUGGCAUACAUUCAGGUGAGUUUUUUUUUUUUUCAAAAAACAAACGAAGAAACAAACAAACUAUUCAGUUUAUUAAUACUUCAGCACAAUAAGUGUUGAUAUAUAUGACUAAUUCGAUUGAGUAAUCGAUUUUCGAUGAUAUUCCUCUCCAUCUCAUUUAGACUAAAUAUUCAAGUAAUAUCAUAAAUAGUCAUAUAUAUUAUUAAGAUAUAAGUCGCACCUAGUGCGUGUGUGUGUGUGUGACAAAAUGCAGGUCAAGCAAUACCGCUGGGGCGGGAAGGGGUACAUACAACUAGCUAUCUGUUUUGUUUUUGAUUUCUGACUUCUAUUCAAUCACUGUAUCAUCUGAAAUACAGAUACUUAUGUCGAUUGUAUUGGGUUAUUUUGUUUGAAUGAAUUUCAUUUUGAAAUAAGUGUACACAUAGUUAUCUUCCUCCCUUAUAUUGAAAUAGUAAGAACAAUCGAUGUGCACGUCUCUUUGAUAACUAGUUUUAACUAAGAAUAUGUAUGGAAUGCCUAAUUCUUCUUUGUUUAGUUCCUGGGAUGAAUUCUUGAAGAUACAAAUUCUCAUGUGAACAGAAAUUGUCAUACAUAAAGAUAAAAAGUAAUCUAAUGUCGACUUCAAUAAUCGAUGAACAAGAUAUUUUGUAGAUUUUGUUGCAUAUUUUGAUCUAGGUAGUGAGUCCGUUUAUCUUAUUGUGUAGUUGACUACUGUUAUUACUUUAUCCAUGUGAUUACUUUUCUUUUUUAUGGUUAGGCCCAGUUUGUGCUGGGGUAGUUGGACAGAAAAUGCCACGUUAUUGUUUAUUCGGUGAUACUGUAAACACUUCUUCUCGAAUGGAAAGCAACGGUCUGCCUUUGAAAAUUCAUAUCAGUCAACAAACGUUUGAUGUACUGAAGACGUUUAAAUCAUUCAUUAUGACUGAACGUGGUUUGGUUGAAAUGAAAGGUAAAGGUCGUCAAAAAACCUAUUGGUUACACGGAGAAGAUUGUUAUAUUGUUGAUCCUAUCCCAGCUGGUGCUAAAAUUAUCGGUGGAGCAUAUGAAGGCGUAACUGGGCCAAUUCCUGCCGGUGCAUUAGCACAAAAAGGAAGUAGUGGUGGUGGUUGUGUUCUUGUUGGUGGUGGCGGAAAUUUAAAUCAAUCCCCAGGACAUUUAUGCAAUCCACAACCUACAUCACCACUUCAUCCUCAUUCAACAGAUAAUAAUUCCUCACUUAAGCGGAAAUCUCACAGUUUCCCUGCGACUCCAGCGUGUACUCCAGAUUCUAAUGAUUUAAAUAACCCAAGUUCUCAUGAUAAUUAUCAUCAUCAUCAUCAAAAUCAACAGUCUAAACCUCCUGUCGAUUCACAUGAAAAAGUAUCCGUCAGCAUUACAGAUCCUUUUCAGGUCAACAGUAAUGAUACUGUAAGCUUUGAACCAUCAAAUAAACGACGCGUUGGUGUUUGCCAUUUGAAUGAAAAUCCAAUCUACAAUGUUUCAAGUGGUAACUCUCAACAAAUUGGUGAAAAAGUGUAGAAAAAACAAGAAUAAUAGAUAUCCCUGGGACAACCUUCAAUACAAUACAUUCUUUUUUUACUACAUAGCACGUAUUACUGAUAAACUAUCUUCACUCUACAGAUCCACUGGCGAUAUUAAAAAAAAGUAUCCUACAAGAAGCUACUUCCUGCCCCUCCGUUAACAUGUGUAUGUUUCAAGUUGUAUGCAGUUACAGAAUAUAUGACAUACAUAAAUAGGUGAUUGUAUUAAUGCAAGUGAAAUUUCUCUCUACUAAUUUUUUUCGUGGCCAUAUUUGUAAGGAAUUUUGCUCAAAAAGUGCUUUCGAUUUGAUCUCACUGAAUAUUGUGCCUCACAGUCUAUCUCUCUCUCACACCCUUAACCCCACCAUCUCCAAAUAGUUAUAGCAAUAUUCCCUCAUACGCAUGUGCAUGUAUAAUUUCAGUGUCCUGUCCAACUUUUCGGUUUUGUAUACCAUUUCGUUUGUUUGUAUAUCUAUGUUUGUGCGUAUGUAUGUAUGUGUACGCGUAAUGUUUAUUUAUGUAAGUGGAUAAUGAUGAUUGUGGCAUAUUUCAAUCUCGCUUGCAUAUUGUAAACGUUUCUAUGUUUCCCAUUCUGGUUAAAGUCUACACAAACGUUCACUGCACAUUUGUUGUCUACAUAACGUAUAAACUAUUCAUGUAAAAGUUAAAAUUUCAGUGUUUCUCUUAACUAAUUUAUUUUCUACAUAGAAUAAAACAAUUACCUUGAUUGUUAAUGUUAAUUAAACUAAAGGAUUAUUUUUUUUAUGCCUAGUUAUAUAUCAAUGUCUUUCAGUUUGAUAAUUUGUAUAUGCAUAUACGUCUAUACGUACGUGUAUGUACGUAUGUUUGUUUGUAUGUGUGCGUGUGUGUUUUGCUUAUUCUGCAUUCCUUGAACAUUUUUUGUCUAUUCUUAUUGUUACUGUUGAUUUUAUUUGAAAUUCCUUUAUAGUCACCGGUUGUUCAAUGGGGACAUGUUUUAGCUCAUUCCCAAAAUUAUUUUUUUCCUCUUCAAAAAAAAAAACAACAACAAACAAACCAUAAAUAUAUUUAUGUAUAUAUGCUGUUUAUGCUGGAGUUCUGUUAACAAUAUUUGUAUACAUUAUACAUCAUUUUUUUGUCAUUUUUGUUGUUGCUUUGUUACAUUUUCUCCUCCUUUUGUACCAUUUACUGAAUGUGUCUGACAUGUAUCUUAAUUAAAAGUUUUAUACAAUGUGUGAACAUUGAAAAAAAUAUAUGGGACAAUGAAGGAUGUAUUUCUUUUGAGGGGGUAUGGGGGAAGAAUUACUUCUUUUCAGUGUUUUUAUGUCUCAUCAUUACUUUCCUCAUUGUAUGGAGUGUGUGUAUAUAUGUGAAUGUGCGACAUUUCUAUCCUCAUUUCAUUGAUUAUUACUAUUCUUUUUUUAUAGAUUUAUGCUAUUUUGCAUAGAAAUAUUUUAUCGUAUAAGUUUAUAGCCUUUAUCUACAAAACGUAUUUGAAUGUGCAAGUGUUAGUGGAUAGGUGGGUGUAAUAAUUAGCUUUUUUUCUCUCUCCCCGUUUCACUUUCACGUGUUCCUUUCGUGUAUUUUCCCACUUUUUUUCACUGAACAGCAAUAGACUUCAUCCCAUUUUUUUGAAUUACCACAUCCUACUUAAAUUCGUUUGCACUCACGCAUGUAUGCGCUGUUUUUCUCUUCAAUUGUGUAUUUUCUCUCUUUUUUUGUCGCACACCUUUUUGUUUAAAUCUAAUUUAUUAUGAUCAUCAUUAUCAUGCUGAUUGUUGUCAGUCUUAUUGUCCAAAAUGCUGAGAUUGACUCUGACUUGCUAUACGUGAACAGAUGAUUGACUGUGUGUGUGUUUAAAUUCCUUUUCAUUCAAUAUUGGCUUUUUCCCUAUAUUUACAAACCUACCAGAAGUAAUUAGUUCAUACAUUUUACAACUUCAACGUCAUAAUUAUUACUUCAUCCAACAAAAAGAUUUCAAGCAAGCUAGUAAAUACUUGAAAGUGGAUUACUGAAAUGGACUCCUCUGUUGUUGUUGUUGUUGUUAUCGGUUAGAUUUCUUUAUGAUUGUUUGUCGAUUUUCACAUAUCUGUUUCCACCUUGUUUACAUGCACAUGUGUAUGCGUGUACGUGCACGUAUGUAUGAAUCUCCGUAUGGAUGACUGAGGGGUGUGGGUUAUCUGUGCUUGAGUAUAUCCAUUUCAUGGACGGAUGUGUAUGCCUGGUCUGCAUACAUGAAUUUACCAGCUCAGAGAACACUGUUAAUUGCAAAUGUAAUGUGUGUAUACAUGCGUAUUCAUGUCGAUGUAUGUGUGGGUGUACAUGUAGUUAUUCACCUUGUCAACAGCAAUAAUAAUAAUGUUGAUAAUAGGGGAUAGCAACAACAGGAGAACAUACUAUUUGAGAAUAAUGUUGAUUCUCUCCAUCCCUGGUUUUUGUUUGCUUCCUCUUUAGCUAAUUCAUUUUUUCUUGUGAAUUGACUUUUUUCUAUACUUUUGUUUUUCUUCUUCUUCUUAAUAUCACUCACGCAUUAACAUUUUUGUUUUCCACCUUAGAUAUUAUGAGUACAUUUCUUUUUUUCGACAGAUCAUGUGUACAGUAUAUAAUAUUCAUCAUUGUGUCUCUGUGUGUCUACAUGUACACAUGUGUGUGCGUGUGUAUUGUGUUACAUUCUCUUUUGAAACAAUGGAAUAUUUGUCAACAUAGAACUUCAGCUUAAUUGGGUAAUGAAUAGCAUCAAAUGAAAUUAAAUUCGUAAACAAUAAAGCGGAAUAAUAAUCAUUAUCAUUUUUCGUUAUAACAAGCUAUACAAUACAGUAUACUUAAUUUGUUCAAUGAGAAUUUACUGUCAUUAUUGAUUUUCAAGACAUUACUGUCACUGCUAUAAUUAUAUUAUAUAUCAUUACACUGAAUGAUGAAAAUAAUAAUAAUAGUUUAAACAUUUGAG